UGAUGUAUGUUGUUUAUAGGUGAACCCCUGAGAAUCGUGCUGAUUGGAAAGACUGGAGUGGGGAAGAGUGCUGUGGGGAACACCAUUCUGGGGAGAAAAGCGUUUCCCUCACAGCCGUCUGCUUAUUCGGUCACAAAAACUUGUAAAAGAGAAAGUAUGAUUAGUCCCAGACAGAUUGAGGUGAUUGAUACACCUGGUGUUUUAGACACUAGCAGAGCUCCAGAUUAUGUUAAGGAUGAGAUAGUGAAGAGCAUUAAAUACUCAAGUCCAGGGCCCCACGCAUUCCUGCUGGUGAUUCAGGUGGGCCGCUUCACUAAGGAGGAGCAGAAUGCAGUCAGGGCCUUACAGAAGAGGUUUGGGGAAAAGGCUGCAGACUACAUGAUGGUGCUGUUCACUCGUGGUGAUGACCUUGGGGGUAAGACUAUCAGUGACUAUGUAAGCUGUGGUCACGCUAAACUGAGGGAAGUGAUACAGGGCUGUGGUAGACGAUACCAUUUAUUUAACAACCACAGCAGUGACCGCACUCAGGUUGUUGAGCUGGUAAAGAAAAUGGAUGAGAUGGUGGCAGCAAAUGGGGGAAGUUACUUCACUGAGGAGAUGUACGAAGAGACACAGAGGGUCAUGACAGAAAGAGAGCUAUCCAAGAGCUCAGGAUAUGAUGUGUUGUCUAUAGGUGAACCCCUGAGGAUUGUGCUGAUUGGAAAGACUGGAGUGGGAAAGAGUGCUGUGGGGAACACCAUUCUGGGGAGAGAAGCGUUUACCGCACAGCCUUCUGCCAGCUCUGUCACACAAACUUGUACCAGAAAGAGUAUAGUUAUUCCCAGAGAGAUUGAGGUGAUUGAUACACCUGGUAUUUUAGACACUGACAGAGAUGCAGAUGCUGUUAGAGAUGAGAUAGUGAAGUGCAUUAAAUACUCAUGUCCAGGGCCCCACGUAUUCCUGCUGGUGAUUAAGGUGGGUCGCUUCACUAAGGAGGAGCAGAAUGCAGUCAGGGCCUUACAGGAGAUCUUUGGGGAAAAGGCUGUAGACUACAUGAUGGUGCUGUUCACUCGUGGUGAUGAACUUGGGGAUCAGACUAUCAGUGACUAUGUGAACCAAGGUCCCACCAAACUGAGGGAAGUGAUACAGAGCUGUGGUGUACGAUACCAUGCAUUUAACAACCGCAGCAGAGACCGCACUCAGGUUAUUGAGCUGGUGAAGAAAAUAGAUGAGAUGGUGGCAGGAAAUGGGGGACAUUACUUCACUGAGGAGAUGUUCAAAGAGACACAGAGGGUCAUGACAGAAAGAGAGCUAUGGUGGAACUCACCUGAGAUAGACAGGUAUCUUUCUUUCUUACCGCUCCUGUUGACGAAGGUGAAAGGCUUUCAAAAGAUUCUUGAUGAGGAGAUGAACGAUGGGACACAGAGUCUUGAUAUCGAAAAACUCGUGUGUAUCUCCUUGAUCAUGGACUGCACACCGGAAGCCAUCGUAGAAAAGCUUGACCAUCCUCACGAUCUUCUCCGUAGCAAUCUCUUCAAUUAUGUCCUCGAAUUCAAAGCCAUUGUCAUUGUGGAAGAUUUGUAUGAUGGCGUGGGAUUGCAAAUUGCACUACUUGGACUAAUGCUGUUAACAAAGCACGAGUUCAUUGUCGCGACAAAGCCGGUGUAG